AUGCUUCGCACUCUGCGGGUCCGGCCGCGUCUAGUUCGUGCUGUCCAAGCGCAAGCGCCACACCGCCGCUUCAUGAAGGGAUCUCAGUCAACUCCAGCGAGCAGCAAUGUUGGCAAUGCUGCGGGAUACGUUUCGACUGCAAUCGCGAUCGCAGUGAUAGGGGCAUGGUGGUCGCUAGUCACGCCGGAUCUUGCGCCACGUCUGGAGAGUCGACAAGACCAACGUCCCCUUGUUGAGUCUGAUCCCUCGAAAGCUGAAGUCACCCGGAUACUUUCGCAAGAGGCAUAUUCUUUCAUAGUACAAAACGUGGCCGGCGUUGAGAGAUAUGACGGGGCUCAGCUGGCUUCCAACAGUCCAUGUGAAGACCGCUUCACCCACGGCCUCGUCUCCCCAUGGCACAAUGGCAGUCCAUGGGUUGCUUUGGCUCUUUUCGAUGGCCAUGCAGGCUGGCAAACAGCCGAUUUCCUAGAGAAGAACCUGAUACCUUCGGUACGACACAGCCUAGGUCAGAUCAAGCCACCUUCAAACGGUCAAGUUACACCGGAACGAACAAUCCAUGGCGCCAUCAUGAAAGCGUUUGUUGAUCUCGACAAUUCCAUCAUGAAAACAGCUGAAGAUGCCUCCGAGAGCGAUCAGCCUCUGCAAGAAAAAGUGCGGGGAUUUGCCCCUGCUUUUGCUGGUUCAUGUGCUUUGAUGUCCCUAUACGAUCCCACGACCAGCAGACUGCACGUGGCUUGUACGGGCGACUCAAGAGCGGUUCUUGGACAGCAGAACCUAGACGGCAAGUGGGAAGCGGUUCCAUUGUCCACAGACCAGACUGGUUGGAAUGAGGCAGAAGUUGCAAGGUUGAAUGCAGAGCACCCGGGCGAGGAAGACCUAGCUCAAGACGGCCGUGUUCUGGGACUUGCAGUUUCACGGGCCUUUGGCGACGGGCGAUGGAAGUGGUCUUCGGGAGCAAUGGAGAGCUUCAGCAGGAGAUUCUGCGGCCCCGGAGUCUUGCCAUCAAAGUACAGCAUCCAGACACCACCGUAUAUAACGGCCGAGCCGGUUGUCACAACAACUACGAUGAAGUCGGGUAGACCAUCCUUCCUGAUACUGGCGACAGAUGGCAUGUGGAAUCGCUUGUCGAAUCAGCAAGCUGUUGAUCUCGUGGCGGCGUGGCUCGAUUCCAGAUCCCCAGGGGCUGGCACGGAGGAGCCAACCGCAUAUCCACCGUUCGACUUUGGCGCUUUCCGGGAAGGAGUGAGUCCGGGGUUUGUGAAGGAAAGGACAGUCAUCCAAGACGAUAAUGCUGCCGUGCAUUUGAUGCGGAAUUCCCUUGGUGGAAACCAUUCUGAGAUGGUAGCGGGAAGGCUUGCUCUGACCCCCCCGUACUCCCGGAACCGGAGAGAUGAUAUAACGAUCCAGGUGGUAUUCUUUAACAGUGCUACAGCUCAGGUACAUAGAUAG